UCAAGGUGUCCGGUAUGUGCGAUAUGCUCAGCGACUAUCUUGUGUGCCUAUAAUAUUAUCGUAGAUAAGCGCCCAGGUCAGUAGUAAUACUGACGACGUAGCGAACAUAUCGCACUCUCGGCACAACGGGCGUUUAUAUAAUUUUAUGUAAUAUAUUGAUAAUUAAUAUUUAAUGUGAACCAGUCAAAUAGAAAUAAAGUAAAAUCGUUCAUUGAUUCAAAAUAAUUGUUUUCAUUGUGCGUAACAUGAACUAUGAAAAUAAAGACCCAUCAAGAAUUUAUGUUUUCAAUAAAAAUCCACCAGGAAAGAAUGUGGGUAUCUAUAGAAAAAAAAAUUUAAUAGAUUUGUACAAAAACAUAAUUAAAAAUGAACCCGAUCUCAAAUUCUCAAAACUAGCGAGAAGAUUAUCACAAGAAACUGGAAUUGGCUAUAUAACAGUUAAAAAAACUGUUCGAGAAUAUUUGGGUGGACAACCAAUAACACAAAAAAUAAAACAAUAUGGACCACCGGAAAAUGAAAAAAUUGGCACUUUCGAGAAAUGUAAAAUUCUCCAAAAAAUUCAUAGUUUUUGGUUAAGACAAAAAAUACCAACUUCAAAAAAUAUAUUACUCGCCAUUAAUGCUGAUCCGGGUCUUCCAUCACUAAACUUUACCUCAUUAGAAAAAGUGUUUAAAGACCUACGUAUUAAAUAUACGAGAUGCAUUCAUCAGACGCGUGCUCUUACGGAAACAGAAGAUAUUGUACUAUGGCGUCGUAAAUAUAUAGAAGAUAUACGGCGCUACCGAAAUGAAGGUAGAACUAUUUACUAUUUGGAAGAGACAUGGGUUAACGUCGGGGGAUAUUCAUCCAAAGAAUUAUGGACCGAUAUAGAAUCUCCGAGAAAAGGCAAACAGAUAAUUGUCGUGCAUAUUGGAUCGGUCGAAGGUUUCGUGGAGGGGGGUCUGCUAUGCUUUGAGUCGAAAAACGAUACGUCCAACUACCAUGACCAUAUGAAUGAAGACAUAUUUUAUGACUGGUUCUGUGGUAUAUUACCUUUACUCAAGGAGAACUCCGUUAUAGUUUUUGACAACGCGUCACACUAUAAGGUAAAAAAUCACGUACCCAAUACGUCUUGGAAUAAGGGUUGUAUUUUAAAAUGGUUUGAAGGUAAAGGCAUAAAAUUCGAUACGCCACUGAAGAAGGUUCAAUUAAUUGAAAAAGUGAAUGAGAUAAGAAUUAUCUUUGACAACUAUAAAAGAAGUGUACAAGAAGCAAUAAAUCAUAAUAAAGCUGUUCUACGUUUACCUCCGUACCACUGUCAAUUAAGUCCAAUGCAGUUAGCAUGGGAGGUUGUUAUCAACCACGUGAAAAUUAAAAACUGUACGAGUUCUAAGCUGGACGAUGUACAUCAACUAUUUAAUGAUGGGGUUAAACUAGUAACGACCGAGAUGUUGGCCGGUUACGUAAAUUCCUCAAUUGCGUAUGAAGACAAACUUUGGAACCUGGAUAUCAUUACCGAUAGUAUUUUGAAUUCAAUGAUAUAUCAGUAGUAAUUAUUUGUUAUUGUACCUAAAGUUAUAUAAAUAUACAAAAAGCGAUAUUGAGCGGAUGCCGUUUGUCAGCUUAUAUUCCUAAGACAAUUUUUAAUUAAUUUAUAUUACUAGUGGUAAUUCAUUUUUCUAUUAAUUGUAAAAAACCAUAAUUCUUUGUUUAAAUUGGUAUCUAAUUUUGUCAAAAUUUAACAUAUUAUUUGCUCCAGAGUUUCGUCGAAAAAAUAGUGCUUUAUUUAUUGCAAAAGAUUCAUUAUGCUAAAAUAAAAUAUACUCUUAAUGUAUAUCAUUUAUAUAAAUAUUGAA